CUUAUUUUCUCAUCCCGCAAUAUUCAUUCAUUCAUUCACAUACACUUUUCCAGCUUUUUUUUCUUUUCUUUACCAAAAUCCUCUCCCAUUUUUUGCCCCAAUCAGAAAAUAAAAAUGAGGAGAGGAAUUGAAUGAGAAAUAUUGGGAUUGUGUUUGUUCCUGGAAACUUCUUCCUCCCUCAUCUGAAACCCUGAAUCCAGUUUCUUCCUUAUAUAGUCCCUUCAAACCGUAAAAUCCCAAUCCAUUGCCCCCUUUCACACUUUAGCCUGCUUCUGCUUCAAAUAAGUACUGCUAGCCCCCCAAGUCCCAACUGUUUGUUACUAGUGAACCAGUUAGUUUGGUUUAUUCUGUUCAAAGUCAGCAAUACAGACUUCCGGGUUUUCUUCCUGAGGAAGAGCGGCACCAGAAUUUCAGUAGCUGUUGGUUUUCUUUCUUAAAAAAGGAUCCAAUUCGGAAGGUUGUUUUUUUUCUUUAAUAAAUGGAUGCUCUUGUUGAGCCCUACUUGGCUACCUUCAAUUAUUACUCUGUACCUCAGCAUCUUAAUCAUAUCCAGAACGAUGAAGUCGUCCGAGCGUACAACUAUGUCCCCGGUAGCUUUGAGGAUUAUUCAGACUUAUCAAAUGGAUCACCACAAUCGCUUGUUGAUGCAUCUUCACCUUCUUCUAGCUCUGAUGCUCCCCAUAAUGAGCAGGGAGAUCCAUCCGAUCCCAUGCUCAAGUUCAUUAGCCAGAUGCUUAUGGAAGAGGAUGAUUUGGCCAAUAAACCUUGCAUGUUACACGACUCUUCUGCUCUCCAGGCUGCUGAAAAAUCGUUCUAUGAUGUGCUUAAUGAACCCGGUACCAAUGGAGGACAUGCAGCGAGCCCGUCCGGGAGUUUAGAUACUGCAUCAUCUGAUAUCUGUACUUCCUCUGGGGAGUCCAACUGGGUUUCUAAUCAAAUAGAGCAUGAUUAUCAAUAUGAUCAUUCUUCAGUUGUAACGAGGCCCUCUGGUUUUGUUGGUGACCUCUCUCCCGAGUCCAUUAUGCAGUCAAAUCAGCUGUUAUUAAGCUCCACGAACAGUUUCCUCAACUCCGCACGCGAGAGGGAUGAAUCUUUGAUGAAUCUAAUUAAGGCCUCUUCAAGUAAUUCUUCUUUCAUGAGUCCUUUUAAUUUAGUACCCCAAAGCAUUAACAAUGUCUCCAGCUCGGAUUUUGAAUAUGGCAAAAGGGCUUUGAGGGAUGCUGAUGUGGUGGUAACGAAAGUUGAGAGAAAUAGUCAUUCUCCAGCUGGUUCCAGUACUAAGAAAAGUCACUCCAGGGAGGAUAGCAGCCCGGAAGAGAUUAGAAGUAGUAAACAGCUGGCAAGUUCAAGUGAUGAUGUACCACAGGAGAUGUACGACAAUGUGUUGCUCUGUCCUGGCUUGAAUCCGCAUAUUGACCCAGACCCUUUCUUUUGUGAAUCAGAGAAGCCCUUUUUGAAAGAUGAAGCAAUCAAGAACCAUCCAGUGCUGAUUGAAAAACCGAAAGGGUCUUCUAGGGGCAGACCUCGUGGAGGCAAGAGGCAAGGUGCCAAAAAAGAAGUGGUGGACUUGCGGGGUAUUUUGGUCCAAUGUGCUCAAGCCGUAGCAAGCUAUGAUGUUCGGACAACUAAUGAGUUACUUGCCCGAAUCAGGCAGCAUGCUUCACCUCAUGGUGAUGGCAUGGAGAGAUUGGCUCAUUAUUUUGCCAUUGCUCUUGAAGCACGAUUGGCUGGCACUGGAACGGCAUUGUAUACAGAUUACAGGACAAGGAGGAUCUCUGCUUUUGAUAUCCUAAAAGGAUACAAGAUGCUCGUUGCUGCUGUUCCAAUUAAGAAGGUCUCAAACAUUUUUGCAAACAAAACUAUUGGGAAGCUAGUUGCCGGAGCAUCAAGGAUUCACAUUAUUGAUUUUGGCAUCUUAUAUGGUUUCCAGUGGCCUUGCCUUAUCCAGCGUCUCUCCAUGAGAGAGGGAGGGCCUCCAAAUCUUCGCAUCACAGGCAUUGACCUACCCCAACCGGGUCUCCGGCCAGCAGAAAGAGUUGAGGAAACAGGGCGUAGGUUAGAGAAGUACUGUGAGCGGUUUGGAGUCCCGUUCAAGUAUGAAGCCAUCGCCAAAAGAUGGGAUACAAUAAAAAUCGAGGAUUUCAAGAUCGAUAGAGAUGAGGUGCUCGUGGUGAAUUGUAUGGACAGGCUUGCUAAUGUACCUGAUGAGACGGUUGUGGAAAAUUGCCCAAGGGACCAAGUUUUAAGCCUGAUCAAGAAAAUCCGACCGAACGUGUUCAUCCAAAGUGUUAUCAACGGGACUUACAACUCGCCCUUUUUUGUAACCAGGUUCCGAGAAGCGCUAUUUCAUUUUUCAUCGUUGUUUGAUAUGUUUGAUGCGACUAUAUUGCGGGAGAGUGAGGAAAGAGCCCUUUGUGAGCAAGAGAUUCUGGCGAGGGAUGCCUUGAAUGUAAUAGCUUGUGAGGGAACAGAAAGGGUUGAGAGGCCAGAAACUUAUAAGCAAUGGCAAGUGAGAAACAUGAGAGCAGGGUUUAGACAAAUGCUACUUGAUCAGGAGAUUGUGAAGCAUAUCAGGGAUAAGGUAAAGGAUCAUUACCACCGAGAUUUCUCAGUUGACGAAGAUGGGAAAUGGAUGUUACAAGGGUGGAAAGGACGUGUGGUUCAAGCAAUCUCUUGCUGGGAGCCGCUCCCAGAUGAGGAAGAAGGAUGAUGCGCGAUGAGAGAAAGGAAAGGACAUGUCGCGGAAAAUCAGAGCCUUGGACGCAGCUUUUGGCCCCCCGUCUUGCAACAAUAGUAUCUGGUGAUGGAACGAUGCUGCUGCAUUAGAACAGGCUGGGUGCACGUCGUUUAGCUCGUUUUUGAAUAGAAGGAUCAAACUUGAAGGAUUAUGAUCAUAUUUAUUCGUGAAGAAUGUUGCAGCUCCGCAUUGGGUGCAAAUGCAACACUUCAGUGUGUAUAGAAUUAUGGAUCAUUUUUUUUCUUUUUGUUAGGUGCUUUGGGUUUUAUUGCAGUGUAAGAUAAUUAAUGUUCCUCUUUGGAUUAGUGGUGCAGUUUUGCAGCUUUAUGAUUACUUACUACCGGCUUUAGUAACUUAUGAUGAAAUGAUGUAGUGUGUGGUUUAGUAAAAAAGAGUAAAGAGUACUAGAAUGAAUCUCCCAUUUGAAAGAUGUUAACCCGUUGAAUGUUGUACCAUAUCAUGGAACUGAACUAGUUUGAGAAGAAGCAAAAGUUUAAAGAAAACACAGUUGAUGAGUCCAGAAAACCAGUCGGAUAAACUAAAGUGAUACUAGGUUAAACUGGGUGGGUAAAGAAAGAGGAGAGUUUGACAUAAAAUCAAUUGGAUAGUUAUCACUAACAUUAGUAACCCAAAUUGUACUUACAAGAAUGUAAUGGAGAGGGGUUCUAUUUCUACUUUCUAGUAGUGUUUGAGAAGCUUUAUUAGCUGUGUCAUGUCAUCAUCCAUCAUCAAAAUGGAGAUGAUAUUAUUAUGGAUUUAAGGUAUGAAUAUAUAAAAAUCAUUCUCCAUCGCAGCUGAAAAUUAAUUAACAAAACGAGUCACAAUGUAGAUUCUGUAUCCUAAUCUGUCACCAAAUCACCAACAAAGAUUCUCAUUUUCCCAAACAUCCCUUUUUCCCAAGUUUUACUUUCUUUAUUAUAUCCGAUGCGUGAAUCUCUCCCUUCCUUGUCCAAGAUGACCUAAGCGGUGACGUCCCUCAACUAAUUCCUAUUCCUUUCGGAAGAAGGAAAAAAAUAAAAAUUCCGUGUGGGUGUGGGAUAUCCACGUGAGCACAUCGGGUCGGUCAACUCUGCUGGAACUUGGGGAAUACGCCUUUUACCGUUGCUGAUGUGUCCCUGUGGGGUCCUUCCUUCCUACCGGAUGCGCCCUUCUCCCGUUCUUUCUCUCUUUUUGGAAAACUUUGGUUAUAGAGUUGCGCAAAUAGUGAAAUUAACAAAAAGGAGAUGUUUAGCCUAAAAUUAUAAAAUUUAAAAACACUUUAAUCACAUUAAUUACCUUUCAUAUUAAUUUGGAGUUUCGUUGCCGUAAAGCUUUCAUCGCACUUUCAUCAAUUUUUUUUUCCCCCUCGGGGUGUUUUCUUUGGGCCAUAAACACUACCAUAGACGGGGGAGCAUUUCUGAUUCAUCUCUGUAUUACUCCCUUAUGGUUAGGACUAGAGAGAGAAUACAUAUCAGUCCUAUGAAUGGGAACAAUUGUGCUGUAUUUUACAUAUAUACAGAUUUACUAGCUGUAUUUUAUUUGUCAAAUAUUAUUCACAUCCUAUUAACAAGUUGUCAACCCCCCGUUAAAUUAUAAAAACAUUAUUCCCUCCGUCUUAUAAUUAUUAUCUAGUUUGGAUUUUCAUUUUUAGUUCAAAUUAUAUUAAAAGUGAAAUCUCGGACAAUAAUUUUGGAACAGAGAGAGUAGUAGAAUGUUGCUGGCAAGAGGCUACCA